GAAGUCCCCAGCAAUCGGAGCUCCAGACCUCAGCUGCUCGUGCCUUCAAAUACAUCGUCUUUUUUUUCUUCGUUUCUCUUCAGUAAUAACUCCGUAAUGCCACGCCCAGUACUGCUAAUUCACGGCGGAGCCGGCGAUAUUUCCGACUCCAGAAUCGUGGGAAAGUUCGUGGGCAUCAAGCAGGCGCUCCGCUCCGCCUGGGGAUUGCUGAGUCCGGAAAAUGGCAGCGAAGGGAGUGCCCUGGACGCCGUGGAGGCGGCCGUGCGGAGCAUGGAGCUGGACGAGAACUUCAACGCCGGCUACGGGUCCUGCCUGAACACCAGCGGCCAGGUGGAGAUGGAGGCCAGCCUGAUGGAGGGUCGGGAUCUGCAGGCCGGCUGCAUAACCCUGCUGCGGGACGUGAUGCAUCCGAUAACGGUGGCCCGCCGGCUGAUGGAGAAGCAACGGCAUACCUUUCUCGGCGGCGAGGCUGUCCAGGAGCUGGCCCUGGCCACCGGAAGCGAGAGGCUGCCGCCGGGAGCACUCAUCACCGAGGGUGCACGCUACACGCUGAAAGAGUUCCAGGAGCAGGUGGCCCAGGGCAAGGAUCCCUUCUUUGCGCGCACGGAACUGGCCGAGGACAAGGAGAAGGUCCCACCGAAGACGGAUCCCAGUGGUGAGACCGUGGGCGCCGUGGCCAUGGAUGCUGCUGGUCAGAUUGUGGCGGGCACUUCCACCGGCGGCAUCACCGGCAAGUGGCCGGGUCGCAUCGGGGACUCACCGAUACUGGGCAGCGGCACCUAUGCGGAUAACUGCCGCGGUGGGGUCUCCACCACCGGGCAUGGCGAGACCAUCAUGCGAUACAACCUGGCGCAGCGCAUCCUGGCCGCCAUGGAGUACCAGGGACUGUCUGCUCAGGCCGCCGCCGACAAGGAGUGUCGCGGAAUGACCAAGCGGCUGGGCGGCACUGGCGGCGCCAUCGUCGUUGGCCACUCCGGUGACCUGGGCAUCAGUUUCACCUCGCACCGCAUGGCCUGGGGAUACGUGCAGGAUGGCACCAUCUUCUACGGCAUCGAGGGUCAGGUCGUGCACCAGGAGCCGUUCACAGUUCCCACUUAGGGUGUAUAACAAAAUAUAUAUACCUAAAUUACAGGAAAUGUCUCACAAACUGUCUCACAAAAUGUCUUUUCAAAUAUGAAGCAAUCUAUUAAAAUUACAUAUUUACUUUUAUAACUAUUUUGGGUUUAUUUACAACUAUUUUACGGACCUACAAAAUUAUUAUACUUUGUACAUCAAAAUGUCUGAAACACCAGCUUCAAAAUUAAAUAGGCAAUAAAUAAUAGUAAAGAGAGA